GAGAACAGGGGCAUCUUAUAAAACACUAUUCAAUGUGCAAAACAACAAAGGAAUCUAAGUUUUAAGUGUCUCAAAUAUAUCUUUACAGGAAAACACAGUACAAAUUUUGUCAGCCGAUAUGACCCCCGAUUUAAUAGCUGGAUACAACUUCCACCCAUGCAAGAACGAAGAGCCAGUUUCUACGCAUGCCGGUUGGACAAACAUUUAUAUGUGAUUGGUGGACGGAAUGAAACUGGUUACUUGUCCAGCGUGGAGUGCUAUAACCUGGAAACAAAUGAAUGGCGUUACGUGUCUUCUCUGCCACAGCCUCUGGCAGCUCAUGCAGGAGCAGUGCACAAUGGGAAAAUAUAUAUUUCAGGGGGUGUACACAAUGGAGAGUAUGUCCCGUGGCUAUAUUGCUAUGACCCCGUCAUGGAUGUCUGGGCUCGAAAACAAGAUAUGAACACAAAACGCGCCAUCCACACUUUGGCUGUAAUGAAUGAUCGCUUAUAUGCAAUUGGAGGAAAUCAUUUGAAAGGUUUCUCCCAUCUCGAUGUAAUGCUGGUGGAAUGCUAUGACCCAAAAGGCGACCAGUGGAAUAUUCUCCAGACACCCAUUUUAGAGGGUCGCAGUGGUCCUGGCUGUGCAGUGCUUGAUGACAGCAUUUACCUGGUGGGAGGCUACAGCUGGAGCAUGGGAGCCUACAAGUCAUCCACAAUUUGCUAUUGUCCAGAAAAAGGCAGCUGGACAGAACUCGAAGGAGAUGUGGCAGAACCACUGGCAGGGCCAGCCUGUGCAACAGUUAUCCUGCCCGCCUGCGUACCUUACAACAAAUAACAGCAGGAAACCCCGGAACGACGCAUUCUAGGAAGCAGUGACAAGUGACAUCCUUAUUGUAGCCAGAACAAUGCAUUCUAAUGGUACAUCUGCCGAAACCCACUUUAGUGUCUGAUGAUUUACAAGAAGCUUCAAAAGGAAAAGACCUGUUCUUGAACGGAAACUCUGUCUGUAACUCAGAUCACAUCAAACUUCCUGUGGUGACAGACUCUUCCAUUUCAAACUGGUUUUAACUUGUCCCAGCUUUAUGAAAUCCCCUCAUAUGGAUCUCGACUUUCAACAGGAGAAAGAAAAUACAGAAGAUUGCCCCCCCGAGAGACCUGAGAUCAGUAUUGUGCAUUGUAGUUUACCUGCAUGUGAUCUAUGUUGAAGUUUUGGGGAUAUUGUGUUCAUGAAUGAUUCCAAAUUUGACCCACCAAAACACUCAUACUACAUUACAGAAAUGGCUACUGAUUCUAUAUUCCUAACCUGUGGCAGCUUCACAGAUUCUGUAGGCAACACAGUUAUAGAAACUCAUAUAAGACUGAAGAGAAAGAACUGUUUUUGUUUCAUAGAACUUCAUUUUAUAUACCUUCUGCCCCUCACAGCACCUCGUGGGAACAGAGAAGAAAAAGAUAUUGGGUCUUGUAGCAACUUCUUUCUGCCCUGUCAGUUCCAGGCUAACCAGAGUCAUAAAUUCUGUGUCCUCAGUUUUAUCCAAAAAAUUAAAACAAAAUGCACUGUUCAGUUAAUAGAGGCUCAGGCUUUCUAACUUGGGGUAGCAUAUAAGUAGUGAACAGGGCCUCCCAGGUGGUGCUAGUGGUAAAGAACCUGCCUGCCAAUGCAGGAGA